AUGAAUAUCCUCCUCCAUCCCUCCUCGCCGGCGAUUAUUUUUCCACCGCCGGCGCACGAUAGCCUCGCCGCCGUCCCCACCGUCAAGCUUCGUCGAAACUCACCGCUGCGUAUUGUAGCUAGCUUAACCUCCAAAAGCAAACCUAAAAAGCAAACAGAUGAUUAUCACUCCACUCUUAAAGCCCUAAACUCCAGAGGCCGCUUUCCAAGAAAAUCACUUGGCCAGCACUACAUGUUGAAUGACUCGGUGAAUGAGGAGCUAGUGGCUUCAGGCAGUGUUAAAGAAGGUGAUAUAGUGCUUGAAAUUGGGCCGGGGACUGGUUCUUUGACUAAUGUACUUGUCAGUGCCGGUGCAUAUGUUCUUGCUGUUGAAAAGGAUCCACACAUGGCAGCUCUGGUAAGGGAACGUUUUGCUGGAUUAGAAUGUGUUAAGGUUCUGGAAGAGGAUUUUACGAGAUGUCAUAUACGUUCCCAUAUGUCGUCAUUACUCCAAAAUAGGAGCCCCACGGAUGCAAAGGUGGUGGCUAAUAUACCUUUCAACAUAAGUACUGAUGUGGUGAAACAACUUCUUCCUAUGGGUGACAUUUUCUCUGAAGUGAUCCUUUUACUUCAGGAUGAAGCAGCCCUGCGCUUGGUUGAUUCGUCUUUAAAAUCAUCUGAAUACCGACCCAUUAAUAUUUUCGUGAACUUCUAUUCAGAUCCUGAAUACAAAAUGAAAGUUUCGAGGGCGAAUUUCUUUCCCCAGCCCAAAGUCGAUGCAGCUAUUGUAUCAUUUAAAUUAAAGAAAGUGGCGGAUUAUCCUCGUGUUUCCUCCACCAAAAGCUUCUUCUCAAUGGUAAACUGUGCGUUUAAUGAAAAACGUAAAAUGUUGAGAAAAUCACUCCAACACGUAUGCCCUUCCCCUGACGUUGAAGCUGCUCUGUGUGCUGUUAAUCUUUCACCCACUUCGAGACCCGAAGAACUCACAUUAGAUGAUUUUGUAAAAUUGCACAACCUGAUAGUGGAAGCACAUCUAUUAUGA